AUGGCACUGUGUCGUGGUUGUGUAGCAUCUGCUCUGUGUGGAACAUCCGCUCUGUCAGCAUCAUCCGCUCUGUCAGCACCCUCUGCUCCGUGCAAACCCUCAACCGCACCGUUGAUCCAAGCUCCCCCGUCGCGAUGGCUCUCGAGAGGAGCAACCGGGAUUCCCGUGCUACGUGGUUAUUUCCUGCGCCAGGAGGACAGCCCGUACAAACAGCCCGUACAAACAGGCCAUCCAGGCUCUUCGCUGUGCAGUGCUAGUGCUGGUGAUCCGAUCCACCAUCACACGCUGAACCCGCAACCACCGCAACCGCCGAGCCUUCUGGGCGUGUGUGGGGCCGGUGAGGACACCGGGGGAGCCCACCUUGGCGGCCAAACUUCGCUCCCUUCAACCCCUUUUAGGCCUCUCCGUUUAGGACCUCCCCUCCCCAGCACACUCUGCCCCCUGCCCCCUAAAAGCUGUAAACAAACGCUCCCUACGCUCCCUACGCUUCCCACGCGGGUAUUUCUCGGCUGA